GCAAGUUCACGUCUUGUCACCUCCGCAAGAAUCUCCACCAAAGAAGCCCGGUCGUCUGCCAUCGAUAACGCGACACAUCCAUCAUUUCCGGCCCCAGAUACAUCGCCGGAUGGUUUAUGCCGAUCCUGGCUUUCGUUUGAUACCGCUUUUGCACCUCCCUACGUGCCGUUGCUGUCGCUCGCUGAACUGGCUCAAAAGCGUGGAGGGACGACCCCCCUCGCCCACCCCAGUGCUGGGGGUUUGGAGCGGUAAUGUCCAUCGGCCAACACCACACCUGGCUACCACCAGGCCAUCUCCGACCUCCCGAUGACCACCAUGAUUCCCACCCUUCUAUCAAUGGCCUCUCUAAAGUUCCCUCGCGACCCCGUACUCCUCAGAUGCGAUUCCGCGGUAGCGCAGACGGGGCGCAAUCUGGAAAAAUGAUAUCCGAAGUUGAUACCAUCUCCGAAGAAGACCCGCUCGUUGCUUCUUUUCGAGACUGCUAUCAGAAAGGCGAAGCGAAAAUUAGCGCAUUAUUUAGUUUUGGAAAAGCUCCUGAUUCCGGGGACAAUGACCCUGAAGCUGUUCAGAAUGCCGAGGAGGUUACUACCGCGGCCGACGGUCAAGCGCAAUCUUCAGUUCCGCCUCGGAAGGCAGCACGGAAACUGGACGAAGAUGACUACGACGACUACGACGACGAUGAUGAAAGCGAAAGCGCUCUCCCUCCUCCCUCCUCCCCGACCAAAUCGAAACCCACUGCCGUUCGAUCGGAACCAAACACCCUCCCCUCACCGCCUCAAAAACCAUCGAUCACCCUUACAACCUCGUCAGAGACCCCGAAAGAAUCAGGGAAGCAGUCAUUAGAAGAUAUCCGCAAAAAAUUAGAAGAGGAUAAGAAGGCAACUGAAGAAGCUGCAAAGCGAAGCUUCCAUACCCUGUUUUAUACCCUAGAAAAUGAUCGGGAUGCUAUGCUGGACCAGCAAAGACUGGAGGAAUCCGAGAGGCAAGUCGAGGCGGAAAUGUCCAACCAGGGCGCCAACAAUGCGAAUUCCUCUAAUGCUACAACCUCUGGCCACGGAACUUUGAGCAGCGCGAACCUUGGCGCCUCGAGCUUGACCCUAAAGAACCUAAUUGCACGAAUAGAUAAGAAACGCAAUGAAGUCCAGGCUUCAGAUGCUGAGCUUCGAAGUCUGAUGAGCGAAGUAAGAAAAAACCGAAGUAAAUGGGCAAGCGAGGAGAAGGUAGGUCAGGAGGAGCUUUACGAGGCCGCGGAAAAGGUUCUCAGCGAAUUGAAAGCUAUGACGGAGCACUCUAGUGCUUUUUUGACGAGAGUGAACAAACGGGAAGCUCCUGACUACUAUAACAUUAUCAAACGUCCGAUGGACCUAGGGACAAUGACCAAAAAACUCAAGGCAGUCCAAUAUAAGUCGAAACAGGAGUUCGUAGAAGAUCUCAAUCUCAUCUGGGCCAACUGCCUAAAAUACAACGCCAACCCUGAGCAUUUCCUUAGAAAACAUGCGCUCUACAUGAGGAAGGAAACGGAGAAACUUGUCCCUUUGAUACCAGAUAUCAUCAUACGAGAUCGUGCUGAGGUUGAAGCUGAGGAACGAAGACUACAAUUGGCUGAGCUGGAUGGCGCCGAAGAGAGCGACGAUGAGCCGAUUAUGUCGUCCAGAGGUCGCAAGGCUCCAGGGAUGAAAUCUAAAAAGCGGGUAGGAACCGGUAGAACAGCCCCUGGAAGUCGCCCUGAAGCUACACCUGUGGCCGAGAAUAAACCUCAGGGCGUGACCACAGUGCGUGCAGAAUCGGAUACGGCUUUGGAGGGAAGUCAGAAUGGAUUUUCCACCCCGCCCCCUGGCACAUUGACUCCUCUUGGUUCAAACGGCCUCGGUACUGGUGCUGCUGGAAGUCAAGGUGAUGCAAUGGACAUUGAUUCAUUUGGUGUUCCUGUCAACUCAAGUGCGUCGUCGCGUCCAAUGCUCGAGUUUGAGGACCCCGAAUACAAAAUAUGGAGACAAGUUACCAAAAAGGACAGGGCCCUUCUUGCCGCGGAGCGACAUCGACUUUUCAAGGGGGACAAGCUGAAUUCUGAUGAGCCGGCUUUGUUGAGAACAAAGGCUGGGAUGAGGCGGUGGCUCCGAAAUCAGAGACAAGCCAUGGAGGACAGCGACAGACUUGCUAUUGCGGGUCCACAUUCCAAAGAGGCAGAGACCACCGGUGAGACGUUGGCGGAAGGAAUUGAGGAGGAGGAAGAUAAAAUGCUGCCCGACUACUAUGAUACAAUGUCGGGAAUUCCGGACCUCCCUGAACAAUUACACUGGAUUGAAGAUUCUGAAGGCAAUGUUGUAGAUCCUUCGGAAGAGUUUCUUAGAAUCCUUCCUAAGGGGUAUUUCACGGCGCCCAAGAGCAAAUUUUCUCAAAAAAUGGACGCGAACAUGCGUCAAAUGCAGGAGACCAGGAAAAUCUGCUCGAAAAUAGGAAUCGUUAAGCAGAUGCAACUUCAAUCUCAGAUGUACCAAAACCAAUUCCAGAAAUACAAUCCAGAGCCUUUUGUCGAACGAGAUGUCCCAACCCAUGUGAUGAAUGACGAGGGUCCUGUCAUAAGCCCAUGGGUAUGUAGAGCAGCUCUCCAACGCUCUGUUGGGAAAAUCUUCUACAAUGCCGGGUUCGAGGAGUAUCAGCCAUCUGCUCUUGAUGCUGUUACGGACGUCGCCGCCGAUUUCUUCUAUAAAAUUGGGUCCACACUCAAGACAUACAUGGAAUCUCCCAAAGUGCCACGAGCUGAGCAGUCCACGACAUCGUCCUCCCAAUGGAAAUCACCCUACAUGGCGGAAGAGAUGAUUCUACAUACGCUCCAAUCCGUUGGGACAGAUGUAGAGUCGCUUGAAAGCUACGUUAAGGAUGAUGUAGACCGGCUCGGCCAGAAACUCAGCGUUAUACAUGAACGUAUGAAGAGCCAUCUCACUGAGUUGCUUCGACCGGCCUUCACCGAUACAUCUGGCGAUGGAUCCAGCGCUUUCCACGACGGAAGUGAGCAAUUCGUCGGCGGCGAUUUCGCGGAGGACAUCGAUGAGGAUUUCUUUGGGUUCAAAGAACUGGGCCUUGACAAGGAGUUUGGACUUGCCAGUUUAAGUGUACCGCUUCACCUGCUUCAGAACCGGAUGUACAGUGCACACCAAGCGCAGAAUACUAGCUCGUCGCAAGCGUCCGCUGCAUUGUUUCCACCACCACCCCCGUACCCACGAAUAUCCUUACAAACACUGCCUUCGCAAAUCGGACUGGUACAAAACUUCUUUCUUGCCAAGCUUCAUGCCAACAAUGACGAGCCUUUGGUGGAGGAUCUUGAAUUACCUCCUAAACAGAGGCCGACGGCAGCCAGGCCGCGAGUGCCCGCAUCUGGUAAAAUCCCCCAAGCCCCUCUGGGAACUGGGGUAAGUUCCAGUCCUCAGAAGCGACCCGCUCCACCUGCAGGAACAGGUGGUGGUUCAAAGCCAGGGGGGCCAGAACCCAGCAAGAAGAAAUCCAAGAAGAAUAACGGUACUGCCGGCGCUUCGACUUCAGAACCAGGAAACGAUGAAUCCGCAAACCUGGCCAAGGGCACUACGAGCUCCAAGACUCUUGGGAAGCAGAAAGCCGGCUGUACAACCACCGACAAGGCCGCAGUAACUUCAUUGAAGAAAAACAAGCCCGAGACAUCUGCAGAUGGCGUGGUUGCAGAAAGCGAUUCCGAAAUACCCCCUUCCGCUAAUAACAGCAACAACGACAUUAAGAUGAAUGGUUCGACUAGUGCAACGGUAAAUGGAGCGGAUCAGCCGGACCUUACAGCGGGUGGUAGCUCUUCUGUAGGCGGUGGUGGCAUGCUUAGCCCCGAGAGUAUGAAUACACAAUGAUUCUACUCCGUCAGGAAGGAAGCGUGAUGAUCCCUCUGCGCGCGCUUAACAAGCAUUGUGAGCAAAGGGCAUAGACGAAAACGGAUAACAAGCGAAUUUUGGGUGGUGGGGAUGUGUCGCAGGCGACCAUACUAUACUACUACUACCAGCAGCGACAUACACCCCACCCUACCUAAGUGAGCACAGUGAUCGAUCGCUCCAUUCUGAACUCUUCCUCCUCGACGAGUCAUGCAUUCAUCAUGUCCUCUCAAACUCUUGAUAUUUUGACAUUCAGGCAGUAACGCCCGAAUUGUAAAUAAAUUUCCAUCCCUUUUUAUUUCUUUAUUUUUUUUAUUCCCUUCUCUCGUCCUAACACCAACUUUUUCUUCCUCUAUCUUUUUUGCAUAUGUUACGGGGAGGGCGCAACAUAAUAUGUCAUCAUCAUGAUUUCUCUGUGGCGGGAUUGAUUCCAUAAUCUCCUGCUCACUGUAAUGGGUUUGUCUGAUUUUGGGAGAGGUGAGCAAAAGGGGGAUUCAAACAUAGUGCCUGAAGGUCCAACCCCUUACUUACCGUUUUCUUCUUCUUCUAUCUUCUCUAUACUACAUAUCCCUACUUUUAUCUUUUUUUUGUUUUUUUACGGCACACCUUGAUAGACGACCUUUUUGCAAUUUUGACACAUGUCUUCUUUCUUGUCUAUUAUUCUUGGAUCAUGAUAUUAUUAUUAUUCUUCAGUCUCCGCAUUCAUCCUCUAAUUAUUCUUUUUCCCACUCCUUCUGUUCUCACGAUACCUUUCUUUUCCUUGACUUCCACUUCUCAAACCAUUUCCAGGGUACAAAGGAACCCCGUGACAAUCAACAAAACCCUUCGUAGGUUACCAACGCCCCUUGGUCACCCUCACAUUUCUUUGUCUUUGUGUGUUUGGAAGUGGCUGUUGAUACCUGGUGGAAUAAUUCUCGCUUGAAACCGUUUCCGCUUCUUCCAUUUUCCAUUUUCCAUUUUCCAUUUUCCCUGUUUCUUUUCUUUUGUGGUUUUAAUAACAUCGGGUCACCAUGGGUUAUUAUUAUUUCUCUGUUUUGAUAUCAUGUAACAAAAAAUAUUCUUAUUAUAAAUGGAGAAAAUACCAAUUUUUUCUGUCGUCUCAGUCCUCUUCUUUCUCUUUUAUUUAUUUAUUUAGUUAUUAUUAUUAUUAUUGAUUAAUUAUAUUUUCCCCCCCCCCCCCCCCCCCCCCCCCCCCAAUCCCGCUAACUAACUCUUCCUCCCCCACAUCGACCCCUCCUUUCUCUCCAAAGCUAUCUCCCGCUUCCGCUUCCCGCUCUUACAUCCCACCAAAAUUUCCAUACGACGUUUCUACCAAAUGCAGGCGAGAACAAGAGGCGCAGCAGCGGUGUACAGCGUACAUACUUAACCUUGAUCAGGGAGAGAGCUAGCUAACGGGUUAACAUUCAUUUCCAUUCAGCUUGAAAAUCCACUGUCUGAACACAAAUCGAGACGGGAGGGCGGGAGGGGAGGGAACCCUGAACAGAUUUAGGUUAAGCAGUCGGAUUUUGGUUUGGUUAUUAACGUAUCUGUCUCACUUUGAAGAUCGCUUGGAAGCGGUGACAGUGAGAUAGUGAUGCUGGCAUGACGUAACUAGACUAGCUGAUUUCAUGCUGAAGGGAGUUGGAGCAACUAUGUAGAAUGUUGUUGUCUCCUUUGUUAGGGCUGGAUAACUAGUUAUGUCUUUUGUUUGGAAAAGGUUCCACCUCGCCUGCAAUCCCGGCUUGUUGUAGGGCUUGUCAAAACAAAGAAUCGUUGGAAACUUAGUUAACUUAUUAAUGUUUUUUUUUUCUCUCUCUCUCCAUUAACUAACUAGUUAUUUAUUUAUUAGUUAAUAAUAAUAAUUGCUGUAUUAUUAUUUGUGCCGUUUGCCAGCCAGAGAGAGAGA